AAACUUUUCAUUAUCGCUGUUGUUUAGAGAGAGAGAGAUGAGAAAUCCGGGUUCAUCAUCAUCAUCGGUUGAUCGUAGUAGUACGUUGACAGCAUCUUCCAGCAAAGUUGGACUGAAGAAAGGACCUUGGACUCCUGAAGAAGACGAGCUUCUAUCAAACUACGUCAAGAAAGCAGGCGAAGGACGCUGGAGAACGCUUCCCAAUUGCGCCGGACUCCUCCGUUGUGGAAAGAGCUGCCGCCUACGAUGGAUGAACUAUCUCCGACCAUCCGUCAAACACGGUCCUAUCGCUCCCGACGAGGAAGAUCUCAUCCUUCGCCUUCAUCGUCUCCUAGGAAAUAGGUGGGCUUUGAUAGCCGGAAGGAUACCGGGACGUACUGAUAAUGAAAUUAAGAAUUAUUGGAACACCCAUCUAAGCAAGAAGCUGAUCAACCAAGGGAUAGAUCCAAGAACACACAAGCCCUUGAUCAUAAUAAACCCUAACCCUAAUCCUAAUUCAUCAAGAAAAGUCAUAGUUCAUCAUCCUAGUCCACCAUCAUCGUUUGGUCCAAGCUCAUCGCAGAUCCCCAUAAACCCUAAUCCCAAUGUUUCAGGGACGUUAGAAUUUGGUCACCCUCAAAGACAGCACCCAGCGGUUGAUCAUGUAGACAAGAUCAAUAGCAUUACUCAUCAAGAUGUAGAAUUGAAUACCAAUGACAUGCAAAAUAAUAAUGGUGUUGAUGAUGCAUUCUCUUCGUUCUUAAACUCUCUCCUAAACAACGAUGAAGAGAUGAACAUCUCAAAUCAACAUUACCAACAACAAAUGAUCACAACAACCUCAAUGCCCGAGGCGGCAUAUGAUUAUGACAACAUGAUGAUGAUGUCAAACUGGGGAACUGAAUUAGCUUCAACAAUGGCAGCAGCUACUGAUGGUGUCAAGAUGGAUCAGGGUAAAGGGCAUCAAGGGUUUUGUAACCCUAAUUUAGAUUAUAUAUAGUAUAUAUUAUAUAGGUAUGUUUGUAUAAUACAUAUGCAAGAUAAAUGCAGGUGUAAUUAGUAUUAUAUGGACUAGCUAUCAUAUAAUUGUUGUAAUAUUAUAUUGGACUAUAUAUCAUCAAUAUAUAGUAAUGAGGUGUGCAUCUCUUUUGUAUGUGUUCUCUAUGUGCAAUAUUUAUAUAUGUUGAAAUAUACCACUGCAAUAACAUAUUAAUAAGCAGAACAACUUAUUCCAUAUUUCAUGUAAAUUUUGUCUCUUUUUUGUUGUAGUAAUAUUGGCAAUAUAGUAAUGUGUAGUUUUUUUUUCACUCCA